GCCAUUUCUCCCUCACAGAGAAAAAACUGAAAUGCAGAGAAACACAUAAACUAACAGACAAACACGCCUUAAAAUUAUUUUCUGUGCUAAUUAGUAAUGGCAGCUGCAGAAGAAGUACCCAUCCACGGUGAUAUCCUAGAGGCAAUAUUAUCUCACGUGCCACUCAUCGACCUUGUCCCAGCCUGUCACGUGUCAAACUCAUGGAAGCGUGCGGUUUCCUCCUCUCUCGCACAUCUCCGCCCCAUUAAGCCAUGGCUCAUCGUCCUCACCCAGAGGCCACGCGACGCGCACGUGACAAAGCUGCACGGUUACGACCCUCGCUCCCACGUGUGGCUCGAGAUAAAAAACCACACGUGUCCUCACUCCUCCCCGGUGCGCUCCUCUCACUCCUCGUUACUCUACACGCUCACCCCCGCCGAGUUCGCCUUCUCCCUCGACGCGCUGCACCUCCAUUGGCACCACGCGCCAUCACCGCGAGUGUGGCGCACUGACCCCAUCGUGGCUCGUGUGGGCUCGCGCGUGGUGGUGGCCGGCGGCGCGUGCGAGUUCGAGGACGAUCCGCUCGCGGUGGAGAUGUACGACGUGGAGAGCCGCGCCUGGGAGACGUGCCCAUCCAUGCCGGCGCUGCUGAAGGAUUCCACGGCAUCGUCGUGGCUUUCGGUAGCCAUCACCGGAGAGGUUAUGCACUUGACGGAGAAACACUCCGGCGUGACGUACUCGUUCGACACUGUGACGAAAAAAUGGGAGGGGCCGUUUGAUUUGAGACCUGAUGAGAGUGUUUUUCACUGCGUCACCGGAAAAAUAGGGGAGCGAUUGAUGGUGGCGGGCUUGGUGGGGGGAUUUGGGAACGUGAGAAGCGUGAAGCUGUGGGAGGUUAGGGGGGGAUUAGGGUCCGGGAUGGUGGAAGUGGGUGAGAUGCCGAAAGAGAUGGUUUGGAAGGUGAUGGGUGGUUCAGAGUUAGGUUCGAUGGAGGUGACGUGGAUUGGGGACUUUGUUUACGUAAGGAACACUUCCGUUACGGAGGAAUUGGUGGUGUGUGAGGUAGUGAACGGUGUUGGGUGCGAGUGGAGAAGUGUACGGAAUGUUGCCGUGAACCACGGCGCGAGAAUGGUGGUUUGCGGCGGCGAUGUUUGCAUGGAGGAUCUGCAGCGUGCGGUGAUGUCAGGAACACUUACAUUUUGCUUGAAACACAUGUGAAUAGGUUGAAAAACUUUGUUACUAUAAUAAGUUGUGGUAUUUUGUUUUAAGAAAAAGAUUAAGGUAUUGGGAUUUUGGAACUGGGAAUGUCAUUUUCGUUUUUUUUGUUGGCAGACAAGUCUGUCAAUUUGUUAUUGGCUUUUCAGUGGCAAAAAAGUUAUAAGAAAAUGAUAAAG